AUGGAGGGCUCCGCGGCGCUUGCGGCGUAUGUGCUCGCGCCGCCGGCGUGGCGCCCGCCGCUGCAUCGAGACGCCGACCUGGGCUAUCCGGGCGUGCACGCGCCGGGAAAUGUGGUGCUCACGCCGAAUGCGAUGCAGCAUGGAUUUACGACCCCGCCGAUGGUCGCCAACGAAUGCGCGUCUGUGCACGAACAGGUGUACGACCGCCUCGCACGGCCCCCCACGCUCGCGCUGCUCAACGCGCUCUUUGACGGGGUACGCGAGGCACGGAGGGGGGCGUACCCCGGCACGAUCGACGCGCCCGCAUUCCAGCUGCCGCCCCGCGUCACACUCAACGACAGCAAGCUCGAGAUGUACGUCCGUGCGCUAGCCGAUCCGACGAUCGCGCUCGGAAAGCUCGCACGCAGCGUCCCGUAUGGGUUCCGCGGCGAGCGGAUCCUCACGAUGCUGUGGCACGGCGACGGAAACCAGAGCGUCGCGGUGCCGCGCGCACUUUGGUUCAUUCACGCGGUCGGCGCAAACGAGUCGCAGCUGGGGCGCCGCACCGUCGCACAGUACACGCAGGAGUGGACGUCCACCGUGCUCACAUGGGCCACCGAGCAGAUACACGCGCUGCCGUCGUCCGAGGAGGAGCAUUGGGUGAAAAAGUGGUCGUAUAGCCUCACACUGAUCCACGCGAUGCGGGCCGACGGGCUGAUCGACGAGUACGCAUACCUCGCGUGGAUCGUCGCACAGCUCCACGAGGUCCAGACAAAUGCGCGCGUGUGCCUCCUGCAGCUCGCAGAGGGCGCGCUGCCCGCGAUCCUCGGCCGCGCCGCGCUCGCCAUCGGCUUGCUCGGAGCGCUCACCGCGCCCGGGCGCCCGCCGUGGCUUGCCGCGCACGAGUCGGCGCUCGUCGCAAAGAGCUACGAGCUGGAGCCGGACGCGUUUGUCGGCGUGCACCUCGCGCGCAUCCCGUGUGCGGUGCCGCAGGCGGCGCGCAGCGACGUCCUCGCCAGUGCCUUGGCCCCGCUCCUGUGCACCCCGGUCGAGACGCCGGCGUUUGACGCAUGCGCGAUCCACCUUUUAGAUACGUCGCGCGACGAUAUGCACACGCUCUUUCUGCGCUACUUUCUCCCGCCAGGCGCGCCGCCGGAUGUCGAGCACCGCAUCUGGCUCCUGCUUACCUGGGCAUGCACGCAAGAGCGCGAUGCGCCGGGCCGCAUCUACCUCGCCGCAGCGCUCCUGCAGCAUGUGCACGAGUGCCAGGCCGGGCGCUUGAUCCUGCGCGACGGGCGGCGCGUCGCCUGCACCUGGACGCCCUUUACGCUCUUUGACGUGAUUGCACGAUGGGUCGACACGGUCGACGGCGUGCAGGGCGGGCACGCAUGCCCGAUGGGCAACGUCCUGCGCGCGGUGAGCACCACCGACAUGGCGCGCCUGCUCGGCGCGCUGUGCCGCCUCGAGCUCUUUUCGUUUGCGCGCUUUCUCCAGCGCCUGUACGCCCGCGGUAUCCUGCGCUCGGGGCCGGAUACGCAGCGCACACAGCGCCAUCGCCAAGGGCUCCACGCGCGUGUAUUCCGCGCGAUGCCGGUGCACCACGUCUCGGAAAACAUCCGCACGCAGCGCCGCGUCGCCAUCUACGGCGCACGGUCCGCCGAGUCGUACGAAGAGGCGACCGAGCGCCGCGCCGUGCGCGAGAUGGCCAAGGCGUGCACGGUGCUCGGGCACGACGACGUAGCCUCGGGCACGCCGCUCGGCACACGCCCGUCGCCCGCCGUGUCGCCCCGCCUGCACGCGGCGCCACUCAGCGCACCACCGCCGCCCGAGCUCGCAUUGCCAAGCGAGGCGUACGACUCGACGUCAAUCGCUGAUGCGUUUGGCUUGCAGUCGGCGAUGCCGCACCUUUAUAUUGCCUCGCCGUACGUCCAGGAGCGCGUAUUGGCACGCCUUCUGCCAGCGCUGCAGGACGACGCGGUGCGCGCGCCGAGUGCCGACGAGUUUGCGCGCCUCGCGACCGUCCUCACGUCGCUCGACGCGAUGCCGGCGCUCGGCGAGGUAUGCAUCUCCCUGCUCGACCGCCACGUCGAGACGCCGUGCGUCGUGAGCGUGUGCCACACCGUCACGGCGCAUGCGCGCGUCUUUUGUGCGCUGCGCCUGUCGAAUGCCUUAGCCGAGCGCCUGGCGCCGUACGCGGUGCACGACGCGUCGGCGAGCAUGGGCAUGCGCGUCGUCCCGGCGCAAGGGCGCACGAUGGCCGUGCAAGCGGCGCGUGUCGCCCUCGCUGCGAUGGCCAACGAGCCGCCGCCGACGCUCCCGGAAGCGCAGGCGCCGUCGGCAGACGCGCUCAGCGCGUCGCAGGGCCCGACGGCGGCACUCUUUGCUGCACAUGGCCUCGAUGCGGCCAGCGAGGCGCUCCUCGCGGCCGUGCCGCUCGCCGAGGCGCCGGGCGCCGUGUGGCACCAUGCGCUCGCCUUCCUCAGCGCGCCGCACGCCGUGCCUCCGCCGCCGGCCGUCGUGGGGUACAUUGCCGCCCUUGCCGGUGCGGCGGGCGUCCGCCUGCCGAUCUCGGCGUGGAUGCGCGACGCGUACGCCUUGCACGGCGGCGCACCGCGUGCGCAGUCCAGUGCCUGGACGGGGCUCGUGGCGGGGCUCUUGCGCUACGGGCACGUCGACGCGGACGAAGUGCUGCGUGUCCUGUGCGCGUUUGCGCCGCAUGCCACGCCGCAGGACGCACACUUUGAGCCGUGCCUCGCGCUGAGCGAUGCGCUGCUGUGCACGACAUCGGUGCCGCACUCGCCGUGCAGCCUGCCGGUGCUCGGCGCAGGGGCGUGGUACGAUCUGAGUCUGUUGCGCUACCACUAUGUGCACACCGAUGCGCUGCUGCCGUGGCUCCUCGCGGUGCGCACCGCACCGCCGCUACAGACGUCGCUUGCGCCCCAUACCAAGUGGCUGCAGACGCAGUGGCACACGCACCCCGCGGCAUUUGUGCGCGGCGCGGUCCAUGCGCCGGCCGACGAGGUGCUGGCGAUCGUGCGCGAGUACGACCCGGAGACGGUGCCGUGCAAUCCAAAAGACGCCACAAGCGUCGCCCAGGCGCUGGCCAAGGCGGGCCCCUGGGCAGGGACAUGGGCGCUGGCGGAGCUGCACUGCGUCUUGGCCGGUGCGCCGCACGCCGAACUCGAGGGCCUCGCCGAGGCGCUGCUCGACGUGCUGCUGCCGCCGGCGGCCGCGUGUGCGGGCGCGCCGCUCGACGAGCUGUUGACGAUGGGCGUGCCGGACGGAUUUCUGGAGCGCCUCGCCGCCGCGGCGCUCCGGCGGUGGGUCAAGGGCGUGCCGAACGCGGUGCACGCAUUGGCACGCCUUGCGCAGACAUGUACGAGUCCGCUCGCCUGCGAUGCGGCGCCCGAAGCGAUGCGCCGUGUCCACGCUGGCCUCGAGCGCGAUGCCGAGGCCGUUCGGGCCGCCAAGCCCGAGUCGGCUGCCGACGGCGCAGCGAACCCGCCCGUGCUCCCUGCUGCGCGCAGCGAUACCCCCGAUACCCCCCUGCUGCUCGAGCACCUCGCCGUGCUGCUCUUUCUCCUGCGCACGACAUUCUGCACCGGCGAUGCGCCGCAGCUGAUCGAGCUGCUCGCCCCCCUCCUCACGCUUGCCGAGGACGCGCUACACGACCCUGCGCCCCUCGCCGGCUCCUCGGAGCCGCUCUGGACGCUGCUGGCCGACGUCAUUGCACAGGUCCAGCACGCCGCCCAGCCCCACGCGCUCGAGGCGUGGCUACGUACGUCGCCCGCUGCCGCGGCGCCGCUCGCGCGCCUCGUGCGCUGCACUGACCCCACGACGGCGCUCGCCGAGGCGUGGUCGCGUCUCGACGCGGUGCUUGUCCCGCCUCCGCCGCCCUCGCGCGAUCCGUGGGCGUGGCCGCUGCAGAACGGCGCCCCCCUUCCCCUGGAGGCGGUGCACACACGCAAGACGCGCGAUACCGAGCUGCAUACGGCCGCGCGUGCGGCGCCCGCCCCGUGGCUCUCGUCCGAGCAGACCUAUGGCGACCAGGACAGUGUCCCGCUUGGGGCGAGUGCGCGCCGUGCAAAGCGCCGGCGGCCUAGUCUCUCGCCAGUGCAAGAGAAGCGUAUGCGUCCAUUGUAA